UAUAUGGGGAAACAGUUCUGUAUCAGUUCUGGACUAUGAAAUGAUCACUUUGACUAAAAAUCUAAAAAAGUACAGGAAUGUCUCCCUCGGUAGUGAUGUGAAGGUAUAAAAGCCCUCUGUCAGGUUUUUACUUGUACUAUAAAAGGACAGAACAACAGCAGUGAUUUACUUGUGUGAUUUAGUGGGAGGAGCAGCUCCAGCAGCCCCCACCCGCCGGAGCGACUGUUCCAGCCCUGCGCCCGGGGGUGGAGGAGCUUUGUCCGGAUACGUGGUGGAACUUGAGGCGGUCCUAGAGACCCACGCACCCACUCCGGGAUCAUCCCAGCCCUCCAUUUACCAAACUCAAAAAUGGCACCCUCCACUUCUUCCAGACUUUUCCCUGCGCUUCUAAUCGUAUUUCUUACCUCCGGGGUGAACUCUCAGUAUGAAAAAUACAGCUUCAGGAGUUUCCCCAGGCACGAGCUGAUGCCCCUGGAGUCCGCUUACAAAUACGCGCUGGACCAGUACACGGGAGAGAAGUGGAAGGAGACGGUGGAGUACAUUGAGGUGUCUCUGCGGCUCUACCGGCUGCUGCGGGACAGCGAGGCCUUCUGCAACCUCAACUGCAGCUCCGUCAGGCUGGACGACGAGCAGAAGUUUGCGGAGUUUCCCGAGCUGCGGGCGUUUGGGAACGUGAUGAAGAGGGCGCAGUGCCUGAAGCGCUGCAAACAGGGGCUGCCAGCUUUCAGGCAGACCAUGCCCAGCCGGGACACCAUAGAUGAGUUUGAGAAGAGGGAGCCGUACAGAUACCUGCAGUACGCAUACUUCAAAUCUGACAACCUGGCCAAGGCCGUGUCUGCUGCACACACCUUCCUGCUGAAACACCCCGAUGAUGAGAUGAUGCAGAGGAACAUGGCCUACUACAAGAGUCUGCCAGGAGCCGACGAACACCUCAGAGACCUGGAGACUAAAUCCUAUGAGUCACUGUUUGUGCGUUCAGUGCGGGCCUAUAAUGGAGAUAACUUCCGUACAUCAGUGUCAGACAUGGAGCUGGCUCUGCGGGACUUCUUCAAGGUCUACGACGAGUGUCUGGCUGCGUCCGAAGGUCCCCGGGACGUCAAAGACUUUAAAGACUUCUACCCCUCCAUAGCUGAUCAUUACAUCGAGGUUCUUGACAGGAAAGUGAGGUGUGAAAGUGACCUGACACCUGUCGUAGGAGGUUUCGUCGUUGAGAAGUUUGUGGCCACCAUGUACCACUACCUGCAGUUCGCUUAUUACAAAUUGAACGACCUGAAGAACGCCGUACCGUGUGCAGCCAGCUACAUCCUCUUUGACCCCAACGAUGAAGUCAUGAAGAACAACGUGGCCUAUUACAAUUUCCACAAAAACCAGUGGGGACUGACAGAAGAGGACUUUCUCCCCAGAUCAGAGGCACUGCGGUACUACAAUCAGACCACCAUGCAGCUACAGAUGUUGGAGUUCUCCAGACAGCGCCUGGUGAGCGACGAUGAGGGGGAGGUGGUGGAGUUUAUAGACGAGUUCCUGGAUGAAUUUCCUGAAUUGGAAGGUCCGCCGAAACACUGAAACAAACAACAAAAGCAACACUAACAACCCUCCAGUUUGUAUUUAUUGUGUUUUAAAAUAGGCUCUGAUUGGUCAUUGUGUUUUAACCUGCAGAUCCACAUCCUGAAUAUAUUUUCUCUUUUGUGCACUAAGGGUCCACUUCAGUGGUAUGGACAUACAGCACAGUGGCGAAAUUAUUUUAGAGACGAUGAUAAUAAUAGAGACAGAAAUAUUUUUACUCGCUGUUUUAUGGGUCUGUAUACCUCCACUGUGAAUCAUGUGUGUUGUCUGUCAAAAGAAAUGUUGUUUUUACGUUAAAAUGAUAAUAAAACUUGCCAAACAUCA